AUGAAACGUUUCCCGAGACAUCGAAUAACAUGGGGGUACGAGAUUUGUUCUGGCCGGGACGUCGGACGAGGUUUAACAAACAGCCCGCCUUUGGAAUGCGACUGGUUCCCGGGCGGCCCCUCCCUCGUACCCUUCGCCACUGACUAUCCGAACCGUGAGAAACAACGCGAAGUGGAAAGUAUAGACUGGCCGUUAACGAAAACCUCGGACGCGCCACCAUUGAGGCGUUUUCGCCGCGGCUCGUUUCGUUCCACUCGCGGGGGGAAGUUUCAUUUGCACCGGAAACUAAUGGAGUCCCGCCGUGAGAUCGGCAAACAGACGGCGGGUGAUUUCGCUCGUUCCCGGUACUGU